CCCUGAGCUGACCCAGAAAACAAACUCCUCUGAAGACUGAUAAACCACACAGUUUGAAUCCGCUGUAGGGCUGCAUGUAGCCGGAACAUCAGCUGAAGGUACGAGCCGGCACUUAGCGAACUUCUCCGUACGGAUUUGACUUUAAACCAUCGGGGAAGACUUAACCAUGGCUGAACACAUGAUGAUGCCCAUGACUCACAGCUUCAGGAUGAGCAUGAAUGGACCUCCGCAACACAACGGCCAGCCCGGCCUGCGCGGGCCACCAAAUGGUCAGGUGUUGCACUACAGCAGGAAUCCUCAGAAUAACACAGAGGGUGUCAUGAGACAGAGACCAACUAUCAUGGGACCAGGAGGCAUAGGUGGCCCUGUGAAUGGAGCUCCCAUGACCAACCAUCACCAUCAGAUGAUGCAUGGAAACAUGAUGUAUAAUGGCCAGGGCCCGCAGCAGUACCACCACAUGCACCCCCAGCAGCAGCAACAACAGAGUGGACACCCGCACCAGUACCUCCCCGGCAACCUCACAUCCCAGCAGCUCAUGGCGAGCAUGCAUCUACAGAAACUCAACACUCAGUAUCACGGACACCCGCUGGGAUCAACCACUGGUCACCACCUCCCCAAUGGAGUUCAGUACCGCAUGGGCCAAGCCCAGCUUUCAGGCGUGCAGCAUAUUGGUGGGCCUUUCGGGCUAAAUGGAAUGGACAUGGAUCUAAUUGAUGAGGAAGUUCUGACUUCACUGGUGUUGGAGUUGGGUUUGGAUCGUGUUCAGGAGCUGCCUGAGCUCUUCCUGGGACAGAAUGAGUUUGACUUCAUAUCAGACUUUGUGUGCAAACAGCAGUCAAGCACAGUGAGCUGUUGAGGAGGAGGCUGAUGUGGUGUGUUCAAACUGGACACCCCAAAGAAUGACCACAGUAGCACAGCAAAAGCAGACAAUCUCAGUUCUGUUUGGGUAUUUCUAUGUUUAUGUAUAUGACAGCACAUAGAGAAUUUUAAAGAGUAAAGUGGCAGAAAAAGUGCCAGGUUCCUCUUUCCUUUGAGCUGGUGCCAGGAAGAUCUGUCACUUUUGGCGAAAUUGAGGCAUCCGUAUGUAGAAGGCUCUGCCUGUAACCAUCUGGCCCUCAGCACAUGUGCCUACAGUACCAAAGCUUUUGGUUAGAUUUUACAAAUACAGUAGGGGAAGAUUACACAGAGAGUCUGAUUCUGCAAUGAUUCUGCUGCAUUUGUAAAAGUGUUUUUGCUCUGAUUACACCUUCGACUGGCAGCAAACAUCUUUAUUACAAGUUAAAAGUCUUCUGAACUCGUUUAGGCAGAAAUUGGGGUAUUUGGAGUUGGGGAUAUUUUCUAUUUGGAUUUUGAAGGCUGGCUCUUCAAAAAAAUAAAAGCUAAGCAUACAAUUCCAAGUGGGUAGAGUGAGGUUGUGCAGAAUUGCUGAACUGACAAGAGGAUAUUAUGGGGUUAUGUUGAAUUGUUUGCACAUUCAUUUGGAAACUCUUCUGAUUAAAUUAAAGAUUAAAUGACUUUCAACUUGACCAGCCCUGACCUGUUUCCGCAGCCAAUGAAAAAGUAUUGUUCUGAUCAGUUAAUUUCUGCUGCCAGGUUUCAUUGAUAACACUGUUUUGUGUGGAAAUGUAACUAAUAUUAAGAAGAAUCAAAGCUAGCAAUGUUCAGCAUCACAAGUCAGAGAAAGCUCAUUAAUGCAAGAAGCUAUUUGUUGAAAGGUAAUUAUUUCCUACAUGUCCAAAAUGUUUGCAGUUCAUUCAGGCUGAAAGAGGGUACACAGAGAGAGUAAAACUUUCAACAGACAACAGGAAGACUUAAGGGAGUAAAGAAAACGUACCGUCUUUUAUUAUUAUUAGUUUAUUAUUCUUUCAACAACUGUCACAGAACCUGUUCUAUUUGGAAAUGUUGGUAGUCUUUUAGCUGUCUCAGAAACUGUGGUUGUAGCAAUGCUAGCCCCACUGCUUUAAUUGUUCUUUUUAUAUGCUAAAGCUAGUUUCAAAAGUCAACCCUAAUUAUUUUGUAAAUUAAAAUCGUAAGAUAUAGUUUUACAGUGACUGAUCCCUUCAUACACACAGUGUGACAUCUCUCCUGAAGUAGCAAAUAAUGUUGGCUGACACCAGAAAGGCUAGAAGAAAAUAUUUAGAGUGCUGUUCGUAUAUCUUUUUAUAUCAUUGCUCUUCAAGAGAAAUCAGAAUUGGCUAAAAAUCAAUGUCAGCAGGUCAAAGCUUUUCAAAAACUAGAGAUGGGAAAUUGGCCUCAAAGUAGUAGCAUCUCUAGAUUAAAUGUAUCAAACGUGAUCAAUGCUCUUUAGCUACGACAGAAUUAUUGGAACAUGUACUUUAAUUAUUGUCUUGAAAUGUCACUGCCACAAGUCAAAUGCAUUCUUACAUGUGUAAGAAUAAAUGUAUAAAAACAAACAAAAACACAAAUUAAAUCAUUUCAUAUUCUAUUUUUUAAGUAGCAUUGUUAAACACAAAGAGUGAUUGAAAGCUGUGCAUCUGAAUGUUUUUAGUUUUAGGUUGUGAUUUUUUUUUUUUUUUUGGUCUGUGUGUGUACGUAUGUGCAUUGGUGCAUUUAAAUUCCAUUGAACAUUGUCCACCUCCACAAAUCCAUCGCCCCAGUUUGCUGAAGCUGCAGGGAGGCUGUGCCGUCAGAGACCUCAGCGUUUGGACACAGCACUUGUUUGCAGCACUUAGUUUAAUCAUUGUUAAAAGCUGCCUCUACCUGUAGAGCUCAUCUGCUGGAGCCCCUAACCGAGGAGCACAGCUGUCAUGUUUGCCGUAGAUUAGUUUACUUGGCUGCUUUUCCUGCUGAUUAGAUUUAAAUUACAUGUUUCUCGCAGUUGUCUUAAUUAAGGUCGCCGAGCAAGUUCUCUGAUGACUCAACAAUUGGCUAAUAGACACGUUCUUUGGUGCUUUUUUUUUUUUCUUUUUGUGUGAAAACUUCCUUUUGCAGUGACAUUUGUGCAUCUGUGUAAGAGGUCUUCAUGCAUUAAUCUGCUCCUGCACAGUCGCUCUGGUGUCCUCUGUCCAUCUGCCGCCUCCAAACCUGCCAGACAAACUGGGCAUUGAAAAGCUGAUGUACAGACCAGCACAAAGUACCCACUCUGCAGCAGGACAACCUCACAGUCCCAAAUGAAAAUGAUUCUGGCCUAAACCGACAGUGCCCUGAUUACUACAGCCUUUCUGUAUUGUAUCCUUGUACUGUAGACUAGAGGUGAAGUUGACCUGGACACACUUAAGGUACUCUAGGCGAUAACUGAUAUAAACCUAAAUCAGUGGCUGAUUUUUGAUGUGCUGACAAGAGAUUAUAACCCACAUUUUCUUACAAUGUGUAGAUACAGUAGACCAAUGUCUGGGGGCGGGGCCUAAAGCUUUCACAUCACGUAGACUGCAUGUUUAGUGCAAGCGUAAGGGAUGGAUCACCUUCCAACCAAGCUGCUGAGAAUGUACAAACCACUGUUUUGUGGGAACUUGUCUUAAGAUGGUAGAUUAACGUGAAAUUAUACUCCCUGUUUUAUGUGGGUACCCCUCCCAACUUCCCUGUUUCUCAUCUCUAUUGCCCUGACCUUUUGUAAUGUUAUUGAUUCUAUUUUAAGAAAAUGUAUUUAUUUUCAAAUAAAAUAUUUAUUACAGA